AUGGCUCUUUAUCAAGAAGAUUCAAAAUCAUUAAGGUUUAUUGAAUGUAAGCUAGUUGAAUCCUCAGUUUCUACUAAUAAAGUUUCCAACGUAAUUACUUAUAGGUAUCGUUCAAGUGAAUCUACAUACAAAUUGAAGGCAAUCAAUCUUAUCAUUCAAAUUCUUCAUACAAUUUUAUAUCAAUUUAUUGGAAGUUUAAGUUUAGCCUCUUUAUUAAGUUAUUUUACAUGGCCAUUACUUCAAUUAUUAUGUUUAUACAGAAUUAUUAAUUAUAUAAUAAAACAUAAACAAGUAUCCAUUUUAAAAUCUACAUCGAAAUGGGAACAGAAAUUACAAAAUUUCGAAUGGCAAAUUCAUCAUUUAGAUUGUAAUGUAUUUACAUUAAUUAUUAUUGAAAAACAAUCAUUUUACAAAUCAUGGAAACAAUUAAAUUCUAGUUUAGUAACUAUUCAAUCAUUAAAUAACGUAAUAGAAUUAAUUCGAUGGUCAGAAGUUUUAAUAACAUUAGCUAAAUUAGCUAGUUCAGCGAUAGCAACAAUGUUUGGAUUAAUUUACUUCUCUCUGAGACCGCCAACAUUAAUUGCAUUUCCUAUCAUAGCAAUUAUCUCAUUUGUAUUUUGUUAUUUUAUUUCAAGUGUUAUACUUGCCACUUUACAACAUAUACUAUCUACAAUUGUAAUUUGUUAUUGUUUACAAGAAUGUAAAUUUGCUGAAGAUGAACUAUUUGGUCGUGAAUCUAAAUUUAUUUUUCGUCAUGAAAAUUUCAAGUGUCAUUUGGUCAAAUUAUUAAAUACCACCAAUUCAAAGCCUAAUACAUUACGCAAUGGAUGUAUAACAGAUAAAUUUCAUAAUCAAUUAUCUGAUUCUUUUCAAAAUUAUCGAAAUCUUGAUAUACAAUGGAUAGAGAAUUCAGAGGAUGAUUUUAGUGUCAAAGGAUUUACAUUGAAUCCUCCAUUACCAAAGAAAAAAACUAUUUGUAUACAGUAAUAUUAUGUAAUGAUUGUAAAUUAUUGUAAUAUUUCAAAUUCUAUUAACAUAUAUAUUCAUUUUUUAUAGUUCUAAUGAUACUACUACUACUAAUACUACUACUACUAAUACUACUACUACUACUACCACUACCACCACCACUACUAAUACUACCACCACUACUACUGCUACUAAUACUGCUAAUACUACUGAUGGUACUACUACGACUAUUGCUACUACUAUUAAUACUACCAAUCAUAUUAAUUAUAAUAAGACUGGUUAGUAUUCAGUUUCUAUUCGAUAUAAUGUAUUCAAACAAAUGAUCAUUAUAAUUUUUAUAAUAAUCCAUACGGAACAUUAUGUAAUGAGACAUACUAACUUAUACUCAUAGAGUGAAAAGACUUUGUAUAGUGUUUCCUCCUCCUCCUCCUCCUCU